AUGGACUGCAUCCUCAAAGGCAGCAGCCGCGUGGGUCCCAAGGAGGCAGCGCAGUUUGCCCUCCGGACCAGCUCCAUCCGGAAAGUAAAGCUCCCGGCGUUGCCACCGCGCUUCUCCGGCGCCGCAGCCGCCCGCGGGUCCCCCACUGAACCUCCGCGCCCCUCGGCCGGGCGGCUCCGCCGGAGCGCGCCCGCUGCUCCUCCCCGAGUGUCUGCGGGACGCCCACCUGCCCCCUCGGCAGCAGCCUCCGACCCCGCCGGCCCCGCUGCGGCGCUGCCCUCUCCAGCGACUCCCACCCGAGAACCUUCCCGCUCGCGCUCGGGCGCCCGCCGCCCCCGAACACGCCCCCUCCCACGGAGACAGGAAGUCCGCGCGCCCGCCGCGCGGCCGCUCAGGCUUCCCCCGGGCGCGGAGCGCGGGCCCGGCCGCCCGCCGGCGCCCCUGGGGCCGCCCGCGGCGCCCCAACCGUCGCGGCGCGCCCCUCACCUCGGCCGCCGCUCUCCUCCCGACUCGCCGCGCAAUCCGCUCCCGCCGCGACGGCGUCUCCGGCUCCGGCUCCCGCCCUCUCUCCGGCCGCGCUCCUCAACCCUGCCCUGCCCUGCCCCGCCGCGGCCGCCGCUGCCGCCGGCCAGGAGCGCCCCGCCCCCGCCGCGCCCGCCGCGCUCGCCCCAUUGGCUGCUGGGCGCCGGGCCCCGCCCCACAGCCCCUUCGGCAUCCCGGAUUGGACCAGAGAGCCAAGAGGCGGCACGCCCCCUGGGGGGGGGGGCAAAAGAACCUCCUCUGGGCACCAUUGGCGGCGUCUCCUGUCAAUCAAGGGGGAGUGCCUACUUAACCAACCGGUAG